AUGAACAAACACCCUCAAGAACGUCAGUGGAGGAAGGCUCCACGUAGACCCCCAAAAGGCAAACGGGUUGCGCAGGGCCGGUCCUCAGCAACAGGGAGACUCAAGCAGGUGCUGCGGAGGCCGGAGUAUUCUCCAUUAGGAGAAGGGGAGAUCUUUGAGGGGACCUUUCUACAGUUAACCAAGACGGGUGAAUAUGCCGUGAUCCACAACCAACCCAAUUUAGUUAUGGUUGGCAUUUUGUCUAGCCGUCCAGGUUUGCUACUUCCAGACAUGAUGGUCAUUGCCCGGGUGAGAAAAGGCAUCAGAGAUAUAGAGGCAAAGGCUAAAGACCUGGAAAUCACUAGGCUGAUCUCUUUAAACCUGGUGGCAUUUCAAGUACAUAGCAUGAAUGAACGGCAGCUGAGAGUGAAGAUGGCGAAUGGCCGGAAAUAUUAUCUCCAACUCUGUGCCCCUGAAGGGAAAGAGGACAUCAUCUUUCAGCGCUGGCUGCGUCUUAUUUAUGUCUUGAAUGUGGCCAAUGGCAGGAUCAGUGAUCCAAUCAGCUUUACGUCAAAGCAAUCCGGGCUCCACACGAUAUGGAAGAGCGCUAGCUUUCGUGCUACGCCUGAGAAGCAUUGGCUUGCAAUUGUCAUGGCUGAAGAAGACUCCACUGAAAUAGUGAAGGAGCAGCUGCGUGAAGCCAACCUGGUCAAGAGCACGUCAAGAUCCAUGGAAAGUGCACCUGUUGCAAAACAUAUCAUCCGAAAAUCAGGUGCUGCUGGCCGCUCUGCUCAAGAAACACGUGGAAUCCCAGCCAGGGAGGGGCACACUUCCAGACCACCACCAGCCACUUCUGCCCCAAGGUCUCCCACCACCUCAGUGGCCGCUGGACCUCGUGGAGGGGGUGCUAAGGCAGCAGCGUCUAACCCAUCCAGGCUACUCAGCUGGCAUGAUCAAAUGACUUCUGGGGAACUGGCCACUUUGGCUGCUCCUUCUAAGUUUGGGAGUCGGAAUCGGAGCAGCCCCUCACGUUCACAGACAGCAGGCGUGAAAUCCCCAAAGCCAAGCAGGCCACAGACUCCUUUAAGCCCCUCUCCAGAGCAGGGGCGCCCCCCUUCGCAGAGGCCAUCCCCGAAGGAAAAGAAGCCUUCUCUACAACUCCGAUCCCCAAAGCCAAGCAGGCCACAGACUCCUUUAAGUCCCUCCCCAGAGCAGGGGCGCCCCCCUUCGCGGAGUCCAUCCCCGAAGGAAAAGGAGCCUUCUCUACAACUCCGCACAGACUUAAAAUCCCCAAAGCCAAGCAGGCCACAGACUCCUUUAAGUCCCUCCCCAGAGCAGGAGCAGCCCCCUUCUCAGAGUCCAUCCCCGAAGGAAAAGGAGCCUUCUCUUCAACUCCGAUCCCCAAAGCCAAGCAGGCCACAGACUCCUUUAAGUCCCUCUCCAGAGCAGGAGCGCCCCCCUUCUCAGAGUCCAUCCCCGAAGGAAAAGGAGCCUUCUCUAGAACUCCGCAGGACAAAGGCAUCGCUGGCAGUGGGACCUUCUGAUCAAGGCUGGGAUAAUGCGGGUGUGAGCCCCUCCAAAGUGGGUGGCCAAAAGUCAAGACCGCAGAGCAAAGCACUGGAAACAGAAAAACAAAGUAAAGAUCUAGCUAAGCAGAUCCAGUCCAGAAGUGCCACAGGGAAACCACCCAGGAGCAAUAAGUCCAUGAACAAAUUGGGAAAGGCUCUGAGUUCAGCAAGACAAAGAAGCAGCCCUACUUUCAUAACCAUCUAUAGUGUCCUGUCCUCAUCGUUGGAGAGACUGAAAGGCAAGGGUGACUACAAGGUACAGGACCCUAAUGUAAGAUGCUAAACCUAACCUACACCAUACAUUUGAAGUACUCUAAUGCAACUUUAAAGAUUUUGGCUUCCACCCAAGAUUCUUGGGAACUGUAGUAUGCUUAGGAUGCGGAACUCACAGACCUACAAUUCCCAGCACCUUGAGCAAACUACAGUUGCCAGGGUUAUCCAUGAGACCAUGAUAAAAGAGCAGUAUUAAAUGGAUGGUACUGGUGAGAC